GAAGCCUGUUAAGCGAAAGCUUCUUCUAUUCCGUCUACAACCAUCUGCACCAUUUGAACCAUUGAACAUCUGAGGUUGCUCCUUCAGUUCGUGGUUUAUUUGUAGGUUGCGUGUCUUGUGUCAUCAUGGAACAAUGUGUAGCUGAUUGUCUUAACAGUGAUGACUGUGUGAUGAUUGUAUGGUCGGGCGAAGUUCAAGAAGACGUUAUGCGUGAUCUACAAGUGGCUGUUUCUACAUAUGUUAAGAAGCUACAGUUCGAAAAUUUGGAGAAAUUCAUGGACAGUUCAACUGUAGAUAGUCAGUUUCACGAUUGUUCUGUCAUACUAUGUGGUUGGCCUAACUCGAUAAGUGUAAACAUACUCAAACUUGGCUUGUUAUCAAACCUUUUAUCCUGUUUGCGACCUGGUGGGCGAUUUUUUGGUCGUGAUCUAAUUACCGGUGACUGGAAUUCUUUGAAAAAGAACCUAACUCUCUCUGGGUAUAUAAAUCCUUACCAGUUGUCAUGUGAAAACCACUUAAUAUUCAGCGCCUCCGUUCCGUCCAAUUAUACGCAGGGUUCUAGUGUCAAACUUCCGUGGGCUAACAGUGAUGUCGAGAUGGCUUGGGAAAAUGUUGAUAAUACAUCUGACGCCAACGGAAAUAUUAUAAAUACAAAUGCACUUUUGCAAAAAUCAGAUUUGCAAACUCCUUUGGCUGUUUGUGGCAAAGACGCUGUUACGGAUUCAGUUGGAAAAAAGAAAAGGGCUUGUAAAAACUGUACAUGUGGCUUGGCUGAAAUUGAAGCAGCGGAAGAAAUUAAAUCUGACGUCCCAAUAUCGUCCUGUGGAAAUGUAAGUCAUUAUUGUCUGCUUUACUUUCUAGAACACCAUAGCAAACAAGUGGUUUGUGAUGAUACUUUUAUAGAAAAACAUAAUGAAGCAGAUGUUAGACAUUUUUAAAAAUACAAACAGCAUGAUACAUGUUGCCUUACUAAAGUAUAGGCUGGGGAUACUACAAACACAAAUCGUUCUCGAAUUCACUAAGACCGUCACCGACCAAUCUUAACUGGAUAAUGUAUUAACCCGUCACUUUCGGAAAUAUUCCAAUCACACAAACCGGUCUGAGGACAAUUUUUUUGCUGUUUUUAAGUUUGUUUCUCAGUUGCAUAUUCGAAGUAUGAAGCACAUGGGCUUCAGGUUGUUACUAAUUAGCACAUUCCAGCUUUUGUAGCAAAAACUACACGCGUUCUUUCUUAUGCGGUCGGAAAGCAAUGACAACAGAUGUAGCCUCAUGGUCGAAU